AUGUCCAAUCAGGAUUACUACGGCGCAGGCCGCCAGGUCUACGGAGACGGCGGCCCUCAACCACUGUACCAGGUUUACGGCCAGCAGUACGGUGGAAGUCCCUAUCCGCCGCAACAGAGCCCUUACCCACUCCCAGGCGGGGACUAUCAAGGCGGGUAUAAUACCACUCCCCACCAGCCCGGCUACGACCAAGGCCCGCCGCCCUCGCACUCACCGUACCCAGCGCCCUACAACGAGCAUCAGCGCGCGCACUCGCCCUUCCCCCCGCAAGGACAAGUAGAGGUCUACGGCGGUAACCAGAACGGAGGGUACGGCGCGCCCGGCCCUCCUGGAGACUAUGGCGUCCCCGGCGAUUCUAGCGGCCCGCAAGACGGCGAGCGCGGCUUCCUCGGCAACACGGUGGGCGCGGCGGCAGGUGGAUAUACGGGGCACAAGUUGUGCGGUGGACCGCUGGGGACGAUUGGCGGGAUUAUUGCCGGCGUGGUCGGGGCGAAUUUAUUGGACAAAGCUUGCGAUAAAAAGAAGAAAGAUAAGCACUACUGCUCCCGCUGGUGGUUGGUGGCGCCGCUGCUCCCGCUGUGGGUCCUGCCACGAACCAAACUCCCCAUGCCACGGUGGCGGCUCCUCGCACGAUGA